GUGAAAUCAGCAAUGCCGUGGUUGCUUCUGCUCGGCUUUCUUUGUGCCGCCACGGCGCUGCGCAUGCAUGGAGAGCCAUAUCCCGCUUCGAUCUUUGCAAAGGCGCGAGGAUCGGCUGUGUUAACAAAAAAAUAUGAGGAACCACAAGGACGCAUUGUGGGCGGCAAUGUGGUAGCCGAAGGCGAAACACCCUGGAUUGUGUCCAUACAGAACAGAUAUGGCUAUCACAUAUGCGGAGGCGCCAUCAUAGACAAGCAAUGGAUUCUGACUGCAGGCAGCUGUGUCGCUGGUCUGCGCUCAACCAGCCUGUUUGUGAACACUGGCACCAUAAACUGGCAAAAUCUGACGAGCCCCGGAUAUUUCGUGGAUCAGAUACAUCUGCACUGCAACUUCGACCGUCCACUCUAUCACAACGACAUUGCGCUGCUGCGACUAAGUGGGGAGGGCAUUGAGUUUAACGACCAGACUGACAAGAUUGCUGUGGCCGAGAUCGAUGAGCUGGAGGAGGGCGAGAAUUUGCGCUUUGUCGGCUGGGGAAGUCAGAGCAGUGGCAGUAGCCUGCAGGAUUACCUGUAUAAGGCGGAGGGCACUUACCUUCCAUACGAGGAGUGCCGCAGUGCAUUGGGAAAUACCGAUGACGUUGACCUGGGUCAUGUCUGCGUGCAGUUGCAGGUCGGCAAGGGGACGUGCAAUGGCGACACGGGCGGUCCGUUGCUCAAUAGUAAGGGGGAGCUCGUAGGCGUCAGUAAUUGGGGCGUGCCCUGUGGAUUGGGCGCUCCCGACGUUUAUGCGCGAGCUGCUUUCUACAACGACUGGAUACGCACGACCAUCAAUGGCUGCGGGUAAAACUGACCGAAUUUAACCCGAUGCUGGAAGACCCUUGAAUCUUGAUUUAACAUUUUACAAUGCGAGUACAUAGAUGUAUUGAAUAAAAUAUAUUUUGAGCAAAUAUAGAGA